UUCUGAAGUUAACCGCAACAUCUGUCGAGCGGGAAGAUGGAACGGAAAUCGACUGUCGCGUAAAAUCUCGUUCGAAUUUUAGAUGUAAACUGUAUAUAUGACUAUAAAAUCUGUUUGAUAAUUUGUUAUGCUACAAUAUUUUUAAAAGUAAAUAUGUGUGUAUGUGUGUGUGUGGAUAAGCCUUUACUAUAUUCACGACGUGGAUUCCACGUGACAAUCGUGGGUACGCAACGUUGGUAGAUGCCCCUGAAAUGCCAAAUCUUCAUUCAGCUACGUUCACGACUGUCUAGAUUGUUUACUGUGCAUUUUUGACAGCUCGUAAGGUUAAGUUCACCCAACAGCUGAUUAGAAGAGAUCCGACACGUAUCUUCCUGCGGGUUUCGAUAAAUGUCAUAUUCUAGCUAGUAAAACGUAAUAAUACUGAAAAAUGGAAAAUGACAAUCCUGUCAUAUAUGGACUUGAAUUCCAAAGUAGAGCGUUAUCAGCCCAAACGGCCGAGGUAGAUAAGGUGAGGUUUCUGGUAGGAACGCAGUCCCUGAAAUUCAGCAAUAACCAGGUCCACUUGGUAGAAUUUAACGAGGAAACGGGCAACUUGAAGACACAGAUAUUCCAGCAUCCGAUAGGAGAAAUUUGGUCCUUACAAGCGUCUCCAACCGAGACCGACGUAUUCGUCACGUGUUACAAUAGUUUAAGUGAGGAUGGUACCUGUAAGAUGAAAGGUGCCAUUUGGAAAUUCCCCGAGAUGGAAGAGUAUACUAACGAUAUUCUACAGCUGACUAAAUUGGCGGACAUCGAUACGACUCCAUACGGCACUGAUCUCAAGACCAUCGUCUAUCAUCCUGCGGACAGUAAAAAGUUAAUUUCCGUAGUGGAUAACAAUUUUGUUUUGUGGGAUUUAACAAACGAUGGGCCACAGGUUGUGACAACGCGCACUUUGGCAGGCAAGGGUCAACCACGGUUCACGAACGGCAAAUGGAAUCCCAUUGCCGCCAAUCAGUUUGUGACUCUGAACGAGAACAACGUUCGCGGGUGGGACUUGAGGAGCCCAGCUAACGCCACUUGGUCCAUCUUAUCCGCACACUCGCAGAUCAUCAGGGACCUAGACUUCAAUGCGAAUCGUCAGUACUUCUUGUCGACUUGCGGUGAUGACGGAUACAUGAAGUUCUGGGACGUCCGGCAGCCGACGGAGCCGGUGCUGUCGCGCAUGGAGCACUCGCACUGGGUGUGGAACAUAAGAAUCAACCGUUUCCACGAUCAACUCGUUUUAACGUCCAGCAGCGACUCCAGAGUGAUAUUGAGCAGCGUCGCGUCCAUCUCGUCCGAUCCGUUCGGGCAUUUGACGUCGAUCGAGGAGGAGUUUCCGCGCGACGAGUCUGGCGGCAAGAAGAGAUUGGAGGAUGGAGUAAUAGGCAGGUAUGAGGAGCACGAGGACAGCGUGUACGCAGUGGAGUGGUCAUCUGCCGAUGCCUGGACGUUCGCGUCUCUCAGCUACGAUGGCAGAUUUGUCCUGAAUAAAGUGCCGCGCAAGUACAAGUACCAAAUACUUUUAUGAGUCUCUGGAGCAGAUCUUGACCAAAAAAACGAGAAGCGGAGAUGCCGUCGUACUUCGUUAUUUAUUAUCCACUUUUCUAAGACUACUGUUAAUAAAAUCUUAAUAAAGAAAUACAUUCACGCGUAAA